AUGGAGGACACAAUUACAUUUAUGAAAAACAUACAACCACCUCUAAACACAACACUCAUAUCACCCAUUCAGAACGCCAUAAAUGACCUUCAAGAAAACGCAGAGUCGUCAUACAACACCGCGAUAACGGAAAUGAACUUUUACAAGAACCGUUGCAGGGAGCUGGAACUCGGCAGUGGAGAUAACUUUGAAGAACUCGUGCAAAGGCUCUCCAGAGACCACAGAGUCCCCUCGCUAUUCCUAUGCGAAUCAAAAGCAAAGAUUGCUGCAAGGUUCCAAGAGUUUAAAGACUCUCUUUUAAAUGAGCUGAUGUACGACAUGGAGUCUAAGGACUAUGUGAUGGAUAAAGAGAGUGCGGACGAGUUCGUCAACUCCGCCAUCAAGAGUCUGCUUUGA